AUGCCGGCAUUUCAUUCGCGCGGCGACUUCGCUCCGUGCCGCAUGUAUGGUCGCGUCAACCACAAAUUGGCGUUCGAAAAGUUUCCAACUUUUUUUUUAAACACGGGCCCUUGAUAAACUUUUCUCGGUCAUUAAAGCGAUAUCAGUGCGGUGCGAUCACAGUGAUGAGUCCUGAGAAGUGUUUGUGAAGUGCGUUUUACGAUUUUUUUGCGAUUGUAAUUUACCGUUUCAAUUGAACGUUACUGUUUCGUUCAAUAAAAAAGCGCGUAAGUAGACGAAGUCGAGCUCAUCGCAACGCAAGAGGGCCGUAUAUGGUUGACUCUUGGGGCUGGCGUCUGGUGAAAGUAGACCUUUGUUCUGUUCAUAAGGACACGGGCGGCUUGCAACUAGCUCGAAACGACUCGUUUCGCCCGCGGUUUACGAGAGGUCGGGUCGAGGCCGUCGCCAUGGCAACCGGCACUGAAACAAACCUUUGAGAAGGGGCGUGCGUGGUCGAAUGUCGGGCGGCGGCGCGGGGCUGAUGUCGUGUGUGCGCGAGGGCUCACUGGAGCCGCCUUACAAACCACCGCACGCGCAGACUCACAACAAUGGAGAAGGUCGCCGCGGCGGGUUUCUUCGGGGUCUCAGGCGCAUGUUCAAGAGGCGGGGCAGCGGCGCGAGAGUCGACGCCUCGCCGGACCCCAAAAGCAGCUCGACUAGCGAGCUAUUGGAUGCUGAACGACAUGCCAGAAGAAAAGAGGGCGCGUAUGGCAGCGGGCUGUCGGUGUCCCACGACUCCGUGUUCACGGGCGAGCGCUCCGGCGACGAGUCCAGCGACGAGCGACCGACUCCUGCGCACCACCUCGCGCAAUUAGCUAACUCACAUCGGGCGGAGCUAGUGGCGGCGGUGCGUCGGCGCGGGCGCGGUGACGGCAGCGACGAUGAUGAAGACCUGGGCCUGCCCCGCAGUCCCCCCGCAUCCCCUCCUACUGAUAAGGCUGAUAAGAGGCACCAUGCCGGCAUCUCGCAGUCGUCCUGCAGCGAUGGCUCGCUCCUCAGCGUGGGCUCCUCGGAGAUGGACGAGGACAGUAGCAGUGGCCACCACCACUCGCACGACCACUCCAACAGGAGCGACCACUCGGAUAUUUACAACACAUCUGAACCACCAACGGGUGUGGCGCCACUGUCGCACUCUGCUGCCAAACACAAAAUGGCGGUGCGUCCACGACGCACGCAUGGCGCUCCGCGGCGGAAGAAAAACAAUCCAAUUGUUGCUUCAGCCUUGCCAAUCACGCCCGAACUCAACGAAGAAAUGAUACGAAGCACUACUCCUGAAGUCGCACACAAAACCUCAGAAGUUGUUACUGAAUCAUUAUCUUCAUCGACCACUACGAAGCAUAUGAUAGUUAAAGAACAGCAUUUGCUAGUGAAUCGAGAACUACAGAGAGUCCUGGAGACACCGAGCGACACCAAACUGAAGUCCUCAUCACUGCCUCCAGGACUUGCGCUCAGCCAACUCAUGGGCCAGUCACCGGCGAAGCUCAGCAUAGUCGAAGUAGAUACCCCACGGUCCUCGAUAAAGAGAAGCAAGUCCAGUUCACAAGGGCAGUCUUUACGAGAUAGCUCUCCCAAACCACAAGUCACCACAAGCUCAGAAAAUCAGAUUACCACUUACCACUCAGAAGAACGAAUGAACAAAUACCGUACGGAUAAGAAAGCCGAAGAAUCUUGCCUCGAAAAGAAAUCUAAGUCAGAAAAGAAAAUUGAAAACGAAGUUAUACGAAAGAAGGAAGAGUCGUUCUUCAGUAGACUGCUAUUAAGGAAGAGUGGUAAGAAAUCAAAGAAAGAUGCUACAGAUACAGAUGGUCAACAAGAUAUUAAAAAAUCUAAAACCGAAAAAGCAACAGCACAAUACAAAGUUGUUGAUAAUGAAAGAAGUGGGUUCCAUGUAGAUGGACAGGGGUAUAAGCCGACACCCGCUGAAAGAACACAUAAAUCUGCAGGACAGAAGGCGUUUGCUAAUCAAAUGCAUAAACGGUUGGAUAAUAAAGGAGGUUAUGUUCAAGAUAGUGCAUACAAAGAUGUAUAUAGUGCAGCCAAAGUACCAGGUGUCGAAUACAACAUAACUGAUCUCAAAGUUGCUGAAGAAACUGAUAAGAUGUUGAAUUUAGAAAUGAAAAGCAGAUUCAGCAGACGCGAUGAAUUUAGUGAGAAAGUAGAUAGAGCUAAACGUACUUCUUCAAAAGAAGCCAUUGACGUUUUGAAGGACAGUGGCAAAAUGCCUGAGAAGUCUAAAAGGCCUACUUCUAUGCAAAGAGACCCUUUUUCGUCGAAAACAUUUCUAAAUAAUGAGGUAGCCAAUCGAGUGAAAGAAGACAUUUUGCUGCCAGCAAUAAGCCCAAUGGAGAAUGAUGCGUCAACUAAGGCACUGAAAAUCAAGAGUGCUAAUCAUGAUUAUACAUUUCAUAGUGGCAGUAUGCCCAAAAAUAUUCCGUACUUCAGCCCUGGUAUAGGAAUAUCUUCAUGUUCCCCGCCAAAGACAAGCAAACACACAAGUGCAGAAAAUAUUAAACACCGAUCUUCAGAACACGUCUCAAACUUUAAUGAUAAAACAGAUGGUAAACGCGAGUCUAUAAAAAGACCAAGUAACACAGAGGAUGCAUUCGUUCGUUCCGAAAUGAGAUCCCUGGGCGAUGAAUAUGUCGAGACUAGAAGUAGUAUUGGAAAGUCUCAUAGUUUCCGCUAUGCUUCAGAAACAACAUCAAUAAGUUCACAGGAUAAUCAGAUGCCUAGUCUUCCUGCUAUUGUUGGUAUUUCAGAACCUUUAUUACAAAGUUGGGAAGUCAAUUACAGAAGAAAUGUUACAGAAAGACAUGAUUAUUCUCAGAGAAUAUCUGCUAGAAACUACAAUAUUCUCCAUACAACCGCGGAUGGUAACUAUGAUAGCCUACCCAGUACUGAUAGCAGUUAUUUAGACAGUCUUAAAACUGAUGUAAAUGAAGAUCGUAAGUUGUUUACUAACAGCAUUCACAUCACAAUGGACAGUCAUAAACGUGAUAGCGAUAUAUCUCAGAUAGAGGCUAAAAUUGAUGAUAUUAUUAGCUCACCUAAACCUAUUAUUUCCCCAAUACUCAAGUCUAGUUCAUUAGAUAGUGUUAAGAGUAGUCCAGAGAAGCCAAUUGAAGAUAGAAGGAAAACGAUAUCUGUUGAAAGUGCGUUGAGUCAGAGUUCAAAGUUAAAUACUCAGAGAGAGAAGUUAGAUGCAGAUGGUUUUAUUUCUGUGACACACAUAAAUAAUGAUCAAACGCCGAUGAAAGUAAAUGAAACUACUAGAGCAAUUAAUAAAAGCGAUGAGAAAAUACAGAAAUCAGGCAUCAAACCAGGAGUUCCCGAAUUUCUAAAUAUUCAAUUGAAUAAAGUUGAUACUAAACCUAUUACUAAUAUUGUACUGACUGCUAAUGUAACGCCAAAGAAAAUUGAUAGUCCUCAAGCUGAUAAAGAAUUAGAUAUAGAAAGCUUUCAAAUAACUGAAACAAAAGUAACGCAAAGUAUUCCAGUAAAAAAAGAAUCGGUGAAAAAAAUUUUGGAAAAUGCUAUAGAUGCUGUUCAUUCUGAAGAUAAAGUAUCCCCAGCUGUUUCGAGAAAAUCCGUGCAAUCUAAUAUCCCACAAAGUCCUUCAACACCCAAAGCAUUUUUCAAAAGGAAAGCUGCAAGUGUUGAACUACAAGACAGACCAGAAAAGCCGAGGACUAACUCAAUGAGUACUGAUGGGAGCACGGAAAGAAUAUAUGACAACAUAUCUAUGGAUCAAAAAUCACAUUCCAGUUUUGGAAGUAAGAGCUCUAUUCAAAGUAUUGACAGUAAUGAUGUAAAGGCUCCUGAUAGACACGAAGAAGCUGUUGUAUACCGUAGAAAACCCGUAAUGUUACCUAAAGAUAUUCGUAAUAGUAGUGACAGAAAAAAUGACGAUGAACCCGAAUUGAUGAAAGUUUUCGCACGGAGAUCAUUGAAACUUAAAGAUUCUGAAGCUGACAGUCUAGCUCAGGACAUUGCUGAUACCAAUAAGGUGAAGGAUGAGAUUGAUGAAAAUCUCAAUGCUACUAGAACAAAGAUACAUAAAAAUGAAUUUAACGCUUCUAUUAAAUCUAGGGAUAGUGAUAAAGAAAAUGAAGACGCCAGCUUGAAGGAACAAGCGGAGGAGAAAAGAUUAGUAGAUAUAGCUGCUAGAGUAAGUCAGUUCGGUGUGCCCCAUUACCAGAGAAGCAUCAGCAUUAAUAGUGUGUCAAAUCCUAAAAGGGAAAGUGCCCCAGUAUGUCGAAAUGAAGUAAAUAAAUACAAGAAAGAAGUAUCGGACUCGACACCGGAAAAACGGUUAAGAAACCGGACAUUUCCUGAUCCGUCAAAUGACAGAGAUGAUAUUAAAAACAUCGCAAAAAGCGAAGCAAUGGCGUACAAAGCUGAUACGCUGACUAAAAGACCGUGGCAAAGAAAAGAUGAUGAUAAAUUGAGAAGGUUAUCUGUUGAGAAAGAGAAACGCGAGAGUGCUGUGAUAGAAAAGGAUGUAGAUACGGAAAAGGAUGAAGGCGUGAAGGAGAAGGAUGGUGCUGAUGGAGAGGCGGACGCGUCUCCACAAUUCAAAGGUAUAUUGCAGAUGAGGGCCGAGUGGGAGCGACGGGCUAAGCAGGGGAUGACCAAAUAAAUACUGGUGCUAGUUACAAGGUAACGUCGUUUCAGUAUUCUAGAUUUCGAUAUGUCUCAUUUGUAGAUUGGGUCUACAAAAUUUUUAAGACUUCAAUUUCUUUCUUUUGUUUCCCUUUCACUUUGAUGAAGAGAUCAAAAAAAAUUAUACGAUCGAACGCUUCUAAAUGUUUACUUGCGUAUUCUUGUAUGUUUAUAAUUAACAAAAUGGUCAACAUAAUAUACUUGAGUGUAUACCUAUAAUUACUAUGUAGAAGUGAUAUGAUAACAGUCUUAAGAAGGCAUUUGUGCUACAAGUCGCGUACGACGAAAAUUAAGGUUAUAAUAUAAAUAGAAAACAAACCCGAUUGCCGAUAUUGUAAAUGCAUUUUUAAGUUAAAUGUCAUGAUCACUUAUUUUUCUUUCUAAUGAAUCUUGACAAUUAAGUUUUGUGCUUUUCGUAUAUUUAGCCAACUAAUUAUCACGAAAUACUAAAUAGUUUUGAUUUUACAAACAUUGACACAUUUCCGCAAAUUCUUUGAUCACGUCACACAAUGCGACAUAGUGACAAAUUUCAAAAUCUUGCCAAUAAUUUAAUUCAUUGUUAAGUUUUGUAGAAAUAUCAUUACUGUUGAUAUGUUUUUUAACUUAUUGCCAAAAAUAUCAACCGAUGUGCUCAUAUUGCUCAGUUGCAUUGUGUAAAUGAUAGAAUUAAAAUAGACUGCACUAAGUGUAUUCACAAGAUAAACAAAAGUUAGCACUUUAGUGUAAAUAAAACUAGAUUACUGAAUACAGCACUUACAUUCACAUCGCAUAAAUUAUACAAUAAAUUGAGUGUAGUCUAUAUUUUGUUUUAAAGAACUCUGAUAGAUGGCGUGAUAAAUAUAAUAGUUUUAAUUUACAGUGGAAAUAAAGAACAUUUUCAUUAUUAUUUGAAUGGAAGUCAUUCCAUUUACAUGUCAGCGCAAUUGUGCAUUUAUUAUGAUUAAAAUAUAAUUAUGACAUUACAACUACCGUACCGGCCGAAUAUGGCACCUCGGCCUUUGGACAGAGACACAAUCGGAAAAUUUCCGCGCGUUAUCUCUUCAUAGCUGUAUUCGCGGCAUCUAUCUUAUUCAUAGUUGUAUUCGCGGCUGUGACGCUCUGUGGCCUGAAGGGACAAGUAAAAUCUCAAAGCUUGGCAAAGAAGCUCGUAAGCUCGUCAAAAAAUGCUUAUUGUGGCCUAUCAGGUGUUUAGGCUUAGUCGCCUCAAACGUCCUCCACGAAUAUGUAGUGGCCUUAUUCUGGGACUACCACAACCUCCAGUCACACACAAUCAUAGUCUCAUACGAAUUGUACAAUGACUGCAAUGUCACAGCGACCUAGAUUUACCUACCUCUAUUCACGAAAUCAGUCGAGUGUCUCUGCCUAAAAGCCGAUGGGUAAUAUUUAGCUUCAAGCGGCUUGUAAACGAUCAAUUAUAUUGCACAAUAUGAAUGAACGAGAAGAAAAUUUGAUCAAAUUAAAAAGUUUAUUUUUAUUGACAAACUCACAGCAGUAUAGUGACUAUUUCACCGGGCCAGAUAACCUUUUGAUCCAUUAAUAUUUGUACAAUAUAAUUGAUCGCCUUACAAUAAUUCUGUUGUACAGUAAAGUACAAUGAUUUGACAUUUUUGUCAAUAUUCGCUGUGGAAUUGAUAAUAAUCAGGUUGGUGAUGUGAGACAUGCUAAUUUCGCGGUCAUAAUGAUUAUUUAUUAUUAAAAUGACAUUGACCAUGGAUUGUAUAGCUUAUAUUUUUAGGUAUUAAUAUGUCAGUUUCCUAGAAUUAUAUUCUACCCUAAUAAAAUAAAUAUAUCCUCUCAAAUUCAAAUUCAAAUCAUUUAUUCAGAAAUUAGACCUUCACAGGCACUUUUUCUCGUCAAUUUUUAUAUUUAUAGUUAUUUCUCACAAGCUACAAACUACUGGCAUUUCGGAACGACCACUGCUGAGAAGAAAUGCCGAAAGAAACUCAUUUGAACAGUGUUGGUCCCUAUCAUGCCAGAUCGGCUUACCAUUAUUGUUUCUUACAAUGUUUUUUUUUCUAAUAAUAUAUAAAAUCUCCUCUCACUUCUCUAACUAUGGCUGGAUGACUAUAAGAGAUCCCUACAUGGGAUAAGUCCGCUGUAUAUGUAUACCUUCUUAUUGUGUUUGUACUAUUAAUAUGUGUCCUUUGUACAAUAAACAAUUACAACAUAAUAUACACAUAACACGUAUAAUAACAAGAUAUGAAAUUAUGUAAUUGAAAUUGAACAAAAAAAGAGGCCGGAAAAAUUGUAUGGGUUUCCAUUAUUUCCAUGGGAAUAAAACAAAUUACAAUCCGGUGGAAAUAAAUGUGAACCUCGUUGAAUAUAAACAUCAUUUAGAACGGUAUAAACAUUAUUAUGUCGUGUUUCAUUGGUCUCGAUCCCGAAAGACAACACACAUGUUCAAAAUAUGACAACGCCCUGAUUCUUAUUCAAUACAAUAGUAAAUUAUAUUUGAAACUUAAGAAUGAUCUGUCACAGAAAACUGACAUAUUAUUACUAACAGAAUAAAUUAAUAUAUAAAAUCUAAAAUCUCCAUCAACCAUCUUAUUGAAAUUAGCUGAAGGACCUUGUGAAAUUAGCACUUUUUUAAUAAAUUUAUCAAUAAAAAAAUAUAUUUACUAAUAUUUUGAAUGUUUCAGAAUAAUGACAACACAUGUAUAAAAAAAUCCACGUAACUUAGUUUAGAAAUAGUGCUUAAUACCUUGCAUAUUUGGCGAAUAAUGUUAUAUGUAUUAACUAUAGAAAUCUAUCUAAAAUUGUUAAGCCGAUGUAUUUUUGAGUGUUAUUGCAAUUACGAUAGUUAUAUUUUAUUAAAGAAUAAUAUUGUGUAUUUAAACAUUUCAAUUGUAAAAUACAAAUUUUAUUCCUAUA